CGAGCGUUCUCAGUAAAACAAACACGCGUCUCAAAAGGAAACCAAGAUGAAAGCGACGCUUCAGCUGGUCGCACUGCUGCUGCUGUGCGUGGCAGCAAUAGCGCUGGCCAGAGUGCCACACUCAAAGCCCAUGGCCGCGCGCUACGAUAACUUCAAAGUGUACAAAGCUUUUAUCAGCGAUAAGCAGCAGCUGGAGGAGUUUAAAAAAAUCCAUCACCACCUGCAAAUUUACGCUUUAAAUGAAAUUGGCGGCGCCAAUCGUAGCUACGAUGUUAUAGUUGGGCCAGCACAUCAAAAGUCCUUCGAGGAAACACUCAAGUUUCUAGAAAUCGCCUACGAAUUACUUGUUGAGGAUUUGCAAGCUUUGUUAGAUCAAACUGCUUAUGAUGACGAUGACGAUAUGGACUGGGUUAACUAUCAUCCGCUUAACAAAAUCUAUGAUUGGCUGGAUGAGCAGUGCGCUGCACAUGAUUUUCUCGACUGCCAGGUCAUAGGCCACUCGCAUGAGGGUCGUGAAAUUAGAAGUAUUAAGCUAUCCAAGCGCGAGGGCAACAAAGCCAUCUUCAUAGAAGGCAACAUACAUGCCAUGGAGUGGAUCUCCUCAGCCACAGUCACCUUUGUGCUCAAUCAACUCAUCAAUUCUGACGACGAGACUGUGCAACGCUUGAGCGAGGAGUACGAUUGGAUUAUAGUGCCCAUGGUUAAUCCGGAUGGCUUUGUUUACACGCAUGAGGUCGAGCGCUUGUGGCGCAAGAAUCGCCGUCCCAAUGGCUAUAGAAACAUCACCGGCGACUGCAUUGGCAUUGAUAUGAAUCGCAAUUUCGACUCUCAUUGGGAGGCUGCUGGCUGGAAUAUUGAGGAUCCGUGUGAUCAUUGGUUCGGCGGCGAUGAGCCCAACAGCGAGGUGGAGAUUCUGUCGCUGCAAGAGUUUGUCAACUCUUUUGAGCCGGACUACAUACGCGCCUACAUGGCGUUCCAUGCCUAUGGACAGUAUGUGCUGCUGCCUUAUGGUCACACCAACACCGAAUUUCCGCCCAACUAUGACCAAAUGAUGCGCAUCGCUGAAGCUUUUGCAGCUGGCGCUGUUGAAGCAUACGGCUCAGAGUUUACCUAUGGUGCUAGCGGCUUACUGAACUAUGUUGUGUCUGGCUCGGCUAAGGAUUGGGCCUAUGGUGUUAAAAAUAUUCCAUUCACCUGCACUGUAGAGCUGCGUGAUAAGGGCACUUAUGGCUUCUUCCUGCCAUCCAAUCAAAUAACGGAAGUUGGCAUUGAGGUCACCGAAGGUCUUAAAUCUCUCGUUGCCAAGGCACAAGAGGAAGGCAUUUUCGACUAAGGCUAGUUGAGUGCGCCCUGCGGCAAUUUGUUAUUUUAUAUGCACAACAGAAUUUUAAAUAACCUAUAUGAAUAAUACACUU